AUGUCAACUAAGACUGGGACAUUCAAUCAGACAAUGUCAACUGAGACUGGGACAUUCAAUCACACAAUGUCAACUGAGACUGGGAGAUUCAAUCAGACAAUGUCAACUAAGACUGAGACAUUCAAUCAGACAAUGUCAACUGAGACUGGGACAUUCAAUCAGGCAACAACUAAGACUGGAACAUUCAAUCAGACAAUGUCAACUGAGACUGGGACAUUCAAUCAGACAAUGUCAACUGAGACUGGGACAUUCAAUCAGACAAUGUCAACUGAGACUGGGAUAUUCAAUCAGGCAAUGUCAACUGAGACUGGGACAUUCAAUCAGACAAUGUCAACUGAGACUGGCACAUUCAAUCAGGCAAUGUCAACUGAGACUGGGACAUUCAAUCAGGCAAUGUCAACUGAGACUGGGACAUUCAAUCAGACAAUGUCAACUGAGACUGGGUCAUUCAAUCAGACAAUGUCAACUGAGACUGGGACAUUCAAUCAGGCAACAACUAAGACUGGAACAUUCAAUCAGACAAUGUCAACUGGGACUGGGACAUUCAAUCAGACAAUGUCAACUGAGACUGGGACAUUGAAUCAGACAAUGUCAACUGAGACUGGGACAUUCAAUCAGACAAUGUCAACUGAGACUGGGACAUUCUAUCAGGCAAUGUCAACUGAGACUGGGACAUUCAAUCAGACAAUGUCAACUGAGACUGAGACAUUCAAUCAGACAAUGUCAACUGAGACUGGGACAUUCAAUCAGGCAACAACUAAGACUGGAACAUUCAAUCAGACAAUGUCAACUGGGACUGGGACAUUCAAUCAGACAAUGUCAACUGAGACUGGGACAUUCAAUCAGACAAUGUCAACUGAGACUGGGAUAUUCAAUCAGGCAAUGUCAACUAAGACUGGGACAUUCAAUCAGACAAUGUCAACUGAGACUGGCACAUUCAAUCAGACAAUGUCAACUGAGACUGGGAUAUUCAAAAAACUAAUAGGAAUAUACGUAGUGUUCACUGGCUUCAAGUGCCCAAAAGAUCCUACUUAA